GCUACAGGGCAGCACACUGUGCUUAGCCAAGGUAACACAGUGCACAGCUGCAUCUCGGCACACACACACACAGAGAGAGAGGGAGUUAGUGAGUCAGUGAGUGAGAGAGUGAGAGGGAGCGCUCUAUUUGUACGCGGACAUCAGGAGGAACUCCCCGGUGACAAAUGGAAGCCGUCAACAAUAAACUGAACACUUACAUGGAAUCAUGGCUGGGUCCAAGAGAUCAGCGGGCGACAGGGUGGCUGCUGUUGGACAACUACACACCAACCUUUGCACUUACAGUCAUGUACCUUCUGAUUGUGUGGAUGGGGCCCAAGUACAUGCAGCACCGACAGCCGUACUCCUGCAGGGGCUUCAUGGUGCUCUACAACCUGGGCCUUACCCUGCUGUCCUUAUAUAUGUUCUAUGAGCUUGUUACAGCUGCCUGGAGUGGUGGCUACAACUGGUACUGUCAAGACAUUCGAGGUGCACCACAAGCAGAUAAUAAGGUGAUGAAAGCCCUGUGGUGGUACUACUUCUCCAAACUCAUCGAGUUCAUGGACACCUUUUUCUUUAUCCUACGCAAGAACAAUCAUCAGAUCACAUUUCUGCACGUUUACCACCACGUUAGCAUGCUGAAUAUCUGGUGGUUUGUCAUGAACUGGAUUCCUUCUGGCCACACGUUCUAUGGCGCAGCCAUCAACUGCUUCGUCCACGUUGUGAUGUAUUCUUACUAUGGUCUAUCAGCCAUCCCAGGACUAAGACCUUACCUCUGGUGGAAGAGAUACAUCACACAGUUACAGCUGGUUCAGUUCUUUUCAACCAUCUUUCAUACGUGGUGUGCGACUGCAUGGCCGUGUGGCUUCCCCAUAAGAUGGCUGUACUUUCUUAUCAGUUACAUGCUCACACUAAUCUUGCUUUUCUCAAACUUUUACAUUCAGACAUACAAUAAGCGCAACAGUUCCCGACAGAAAGAGCACCAGAAUGGUUCUACUGUAUCAAGAAACGGACAGGCCAAGAAAACAUCUCAGGAGAACUCUUCCCAGCAGAAAAUACGGCUAGACUGACACUGGAGGAGACGCCUCUUGUUACAUAGCUCACUGUAGGGUUAGACUGGUAUGCUGUCCUAGGGCACCAGUAUAUGGAUCUACUUAUUUAGUAUAGUUUGGUAUUUCCGUACGUACAGCAAAAAAGCUAGAGUCACAUAGAAUGUUAUUCCACAUAGUUUACGUAUCUAUGCACAAACUACGACACAAUCCCGAUGAAUAAAGAAAUUACAACUGUACAGAACUGAAAUGUGGGUGGGUUAACUUUUGAAACUGACCACAUUCAGUAAUUAUUUAAUGCAUAAACCAAAAUGAGAUUUUUCUUAACCCAGCCAUUGUGACUAAAACUCAGGUAUAAUACUGUAGACCUAAAGACAAAUCUCCAAAGAAUGCAGUUGCACUGAAGUUACCUCCAAUAUACCACACUAUGUAUAUUAGUCGCAUUGGCUGAUCAUUUACAUUUUCUACUAAUAAUAUUGCACGUAAAAAUGUGCAUGUGGAUAUUAUCAGUGACCUUUUUCAGGGAGUGAGACUGACACAGAUCCUACUCCAUCUCCGUACUGUUUCCCUGUACUAGCAAAGCACUUAUGGGGAGAGAUCUAAUCAAUACGUAAUCAAGAAUAGUUUUGUAGAGUUCAUUAGUUUAGGGUGGUCUUUGUACAAAUUAUUGAUAAAUACAAUCGUAAGAAAUGUGGCCUCAAUUAUAUUUUGCAUGUUAAGAAUGUUUGUUUUUUCAUUUUACAAUUUUUUUUCCCCAAAAGCUAGCUAAAAAGAUGUUGGGAUUGCUACGUAUUUUUUCAUCUCUGAUGCUAUAAAUUAAAGGGAUGUCAGUGUACUAACCUUCCUUUAAACUCCAACAGUGUAGGAAUACAAUUAUACCUUAGUAUUCACUAUUACACAAUUGAAAUAUGCCAGGCCAGUGAUGGAGAUGCAAAGAAAUGACUUCGCCACAAUAAAUAAAUUGGACAAUUCUGCAAA